CUGAUGUUAUUAAUCUCUUCCUGACCUCCAUGUAUUCAGUUUGUAAAAUUCAGAAUCCUGCAAACCCACAACAACCAAAGUACGUUGUAUACGUCGCACAUCUGAACCCCCCCCCCGUCUCUGUGAAGUGAUUGACAGGCACGACUGAGCAGUCACCACAGGCUGGGGUCACCUUCAUGUCGGAGAUGUGUCUCACCAACGUCUCAAUUCAUUUGAUUCAUUCAUCCUGAGUUUGGAUUCCAGAUUCAGUAAAGAAUUCAGGUAUUAUUUAAAGGCGCCAUGUGGGAUUUAGACUUUUAGGUCACAUGCCGAGUUUGGCCCCUGGGGGCCUUUAGCCUUUCUUCCACCCGGCACUUGGAGUAAAAUAUGGAACUCUUAAAGUUCUGCACAGAGUAAAUUUCAGCUCUGAAAAUCUGAAAACACAACCCUGAAAGAGGUUUUGAACGUCAGAGACAGACAGUAAGCCGCCGGGACAAGGGUACAAGGGGACAAGGGGACAAGGGGACAAAAGGACAGGGUCGAUGCGACCUUCAAACCAAACGCAGGUAACCGAGAGCGGCGCCGCGUUCGCAGAAGACGCAGCGACUGAAGCGACGUCCCCUGGGGUCUCAAAACAUCAGAACAUACUGAGGACAUCAGAACUGCUGCCGUGCAGCUUUGGAUCGGCGCCUGUUGUUGGACCCGGGUACAUAAUUCAUGACGUGAGAGCAGGUCGGCGGCUCCGGUUUCACGGACGCUCGCCUUCAGUCUUCGUUAAAGUGUCCCGCAUCAAGUCUCUUUAACCCUGUUGGUUUAAGGGGUAAAACUAUUGACCCAAAGGCCCCAAAGAGUCAAUGUUGUUAAAAAAAACGACAAAAGAGGCUUUACAUGCUGUGCACAUUAUUUAGUUGUCUUAUCUUUGCACUUUAAAGACAGUUCACUGAAUUCUUGUCACUCGAUUGUUGAUCCAAGUCCAUCACGGCUUCCCAGACGCCUCGUUUCUACAAAACGUGGAACGCUAAAUGUUUGAAAUGGGGCAAGACUCCAGAAACCACAGCCUUCACAGAUUUGGGAUCCCUGGCGUUGAACUGUGAUGUCACAGCACGCCUCCGGUUUGUGAUGUAAUACGAGAACGCGUGUUGAAAUCGGCCCGGAUGCAGCGAUACUGUUUCAUAAGGCGCUAAACUGUAAUCCGAGCUCAGUCCAUUCCGCCCGGUGGUGUCAGCGGGUAUUUGGGCUCAAAUGAGCAGAAUGCUCUUUUGAUUCUAUUUCCAGUGGAGUGAAACGCACAGAUGCCUCAGAGAGGCCUUCUGCCGCACUUCACCAGUCACCACCAGCAGCGUCUUCACGGUGGCCCUCAAGUGGCAUUCCUAAUAAUAAACUCGUUUGUCUCUAUACAAAUCCCCCUUUUUUCCACAAACGCUACUUUUACACAUGUAAAAUAUGUUCUCCAGGCCUCCCUUUGAAGCCACUUCCCCUCGCUGUGAAUCCGACGCUCACGAUGCAAACUUAAGGCUACGAGCGGCUACAGAACGAACAAAGACAACAAAGCGUGUUGAUUCCCUGGAGGCUGUAGAGGGGCUUUUUGUUCUUUAAAUGGUGCCGACUGUGAAAAAGAAGAAAGAAAGUCAUCAAAACUGUGACUUGUGGCUUUUCUGUGACAUCGUACUCACAGGCUCAGCUAAAGGCUAAAGUUAGCAUGCUAACAGUGACAAUGCUAACACGCUGCUUUUCAGCAGGAUGAUGUUGUUUCUUUUGAGGUGUUUUGGUCAAAAAUAGAAUUAUUGCAUAUUUCAUAUUUAUUCCCAUAACUUCGGCACUCUUUUAUGUCACAAGUUAUACAUUCUCAACGGGUUAUUUUUCAUAUGCAGUUACGUUUUAUUUAUUUCCUUUGUCUCUCGGUAAAUAAUAUGCCGAUAACUAAUUUAGCGGCUGCAGACUUUUGCUCCUUCGUUGUGGCGAUGAGGCCCCGUGAGGACGCCACGUUACUUCCAGCAGACAUGGGUUUAUGCUUCUGUGCUGACUAUCGACCCGACGUCGUGUGAGACGAUUACAGCACUGUGGCCCCCCCCUGGUCAGCGUUUUGGGGGGAGGGGGGUGUGUUCAUUAAGUGAGGAAUGCUUUGUGUUCCCAGAGUCAAGCAUGGCGGACCACCCGCGGGCCGGCACCAUGUUCCUCAGCAAAUCCCAGCGCGGCGCGCGAGAUAAACGAAAAAGUCUCCUCAUCAAUAAUCAUGAAACGACAAAGCGGAAGUACAGCUCCUGCUCCACCAUCUUCUUAGACGAGAACACGGUCAGCCAGCCGCACCUCAAGAACACCAUCAAAUGCGUGGCCCUGGCGGUUUACUACCACAUCAAGAACAGGGAACCGGAGGGAGGGACGGUGCAGGACAUAUUCGACGAGAAGCUUCAUCCUCUCACAAAAUCCGAGGUGCCGGCGGACUACGACCAGCGGCACCCGGAGCAGAAGCAGAUCUACCGGUUCGUCCGGACGCUGUUCAGUUCGGCUCAGCUCACCGCCGAGUGCGCCAUCGUCACGCUGAUCUACCUGGAGAGGCUGCUGACCUACGCGGAGAUCGCCAUCGGCCCGGGGAACUGGAAGAGGAUGGUCCUGGGGGCCAUCCUGCUGGCCUCCAAGGUGUGGGACGACCAGGCCGUGUGGAACGUCGACUACUGCCAGAUCCUCAAGGACGUCGCCGUGGAGGACAUGAACGAGCUGGAGCGGCAGUUCCUGGAGCUGCUGCAGUUCAACAUCAACGUGACGUCCAGCGUCUACGCCAAGUACUACUUCGACCUGCGCUCGCUGUCCGAGUCCAACAACCUCAGCUUCCCCCUGGAGCCGCUCGGCCGGGACAAGGCCCACAAGCUGGAGGCGAUCUCCAGGCUCUGCGACGACAAGCACGAGGACGCGCGGCGAGCGGCAAGGAAGCGCUCAGCCAGCACCGACCACCUGUGUGGGGUCAGAUGGGUCCCCGCCAUCCUCUCCUGAGCGCCGUCACUCCGCCACACGCCGAACACUGGCACAGCGCCGGGGGAGGGGGGGGGGGGGACACACACGCUGGACACUUUAUUUUGGCGGGUGAGACCUGAGAACGGCGUCUGACUCUGUGCGCCGUGGGACCGUGGGAUGUGAAGGCCAAAAGGGGGGGGGGAUUCCUGAGGAGGGAGGAGAGCUUCAGGCCACCUGAGAAGGUCUCCGAGGACGUAACGCAGCGACUCAACGUGUUGUUUCCUCUGCUUUCAUGGUGUGAGAUUAACUGAAAGCAGCCUCUCGCGUAUUUAUUUCCUUUGUCUUAGAACAACUAAAGUGUUUUGUUAACUGAGUAUUUUUGUUCAAGGUUUACAGUAUUUCUGGCGUACAACUGGAUACUCAGGUAGUCCGCUUCGUCUUCUGGUUCCUCGUGUUGCUCCUACAUGGACACUCCGGGUUCCAAAUUAGAUCAUUAAAACGAACGAGACGGCUGAUGAAAGGAGACGGAACAGAUAACACAAAAAAGGAAGUGAUUAAUCAAACAAUUAAUUACGUGUAACACGAAAUAAAGGCUAAAGCAGA